GUCUCUCUCUCUCUCUCUCACAUGAGUGAUAGUAAUGAAACCACGCCAUUAACCCCAGACUGGCCACCAUUCUAUCAACAAAACGCACAACCCCAACACCCCAUUUUCAGCGCCGCCACUGACCGGCUCUCCUUCUCCUCGGCGGUCGCCGCCGCCGAGCCGUCCUCAUCUCACGGCCUAACCCCCGAGGGCCGGGUGGCGAAACCGGUCCGGCGGCGGUCCAGGGCGUCCCGCAGAACUCCCACCACCGUCUUCAACACCGACGCCUCGAACUUCCGGGCCAUGGUCCAACAGUUCACCGGCGGCGGCCUUACUAUGCCGCCGCCGCCGCCGCCGCCGUUUGGCAUGGCGUUUGGGCCGCAACACCUAGAAAGCCUUAAUGUUCCUCCAAGGCCGCCAAGUUAUAAUAAUAAUAAUAAUAAUUUGCAUCAGUACAGUUUGGGGAGCUCUAGCCAUGGCGAUCAUCAUCUUCAAGCUUUUAUGGGUAGGGUUUCAUUGAAUCCAUCUCGGGGAGGAGAAGGAUCAUCUUCGGAUCAGAAUAGAAGCCAAACAAAUUACAUGCUUUGACUUAGUUGAGAGCAGACAUUCUCUAGCCAGCUAGAACCAACCAACGGGUCCAAACUAUAUAUGUACCUUCAAACUUCAAUUCAUGUUUAAUUUUAAUUUAACACUAGUUUGACAUACUAUUGUAUUAUAUUAUUAUUGGUGGA